AUGACUGAGCCAUCAUUGACUGAUGUCAUCAAAGCUAUUGAUAAAGAUGAAAAUAUUGAUUAUGGGGAUCUGAAUACUUGUCUUCAAAAUUUUGGAGUUUACCUUUCUAAGCCAGAAUUUCAGAAGAUCACAGAGUUGACUGAAGCUGGCGUAUUGCCUGAUGCUAUUGAAAACCUCCACAACCUUAGCAAAGAGAAGAUGAGUGCUCCUGACCUGUGGAAUACUCUGUCUAGUUUGAAAAGUAAUUUAAAAAAAGAUGAAUUCCUAGCUGCACUGAAAUUAGCAACAGUUGAUGGUGAGAAGGUUGAUACUAGUGACCUGGAAAUUUUUCUGCAAAAUAUGGGGAUAGAGCUCACAGAAGAUAAAGGCAUGGAAUUACUGAACAAUCUUCCAGUUGAUGCCAAAAGAAAGGUGUAUAUGAACAGAUUGAUGAAAGAAUUGCAGUCUUUUAAAGGGACAAAGGUAUCUUUAGAUAAGGUGGACACUUUCAUUAAAAACAUGGGAAUUGACCUCAAGGAGAAAGAAAUCCAGGAAUUGAAGGACCACCUACCAGUUGAUGGUGAGAGUUUUGAAUAUCAAUAUACCCCUUAGCAAAACUUUGCACAUGAGGCCAGUAUCAGGGCUGGAAAGACUAAAGAUAGGAUGUAUAUGAAAAGAAGAAAAAGAAAGAGUGAGGCCUUCAGCAUAGCUGAAACCAAAUAGCUAUCACUUGAGAAGGAUCACCAAGAAUGCUACCCAAUAUAGAUGGCAAGUGUCACUCUCCAUAGGAAAUGCCAAGGUCUAACGAGAAUACUUAAGACUGUAAUCUUUGGGUUUUGGGUUUUUUUUUUAAAGAAUGUGGAGGAUUUAUUAGACUAGAGAUUUUGCAGAUUUCAGAGCAUUAAGAACUCACAAAAUCAUAUGAUCCAGUGUCCCUACUGCUAAUCCAGCAUUAGAUAGCAAUGACCAACACUUAUAUAGUCCUGACAUGUGCAAGGCACUGUUCUAAGCACUUUACGUAUAUAAUCUUAUUUAAUCUUCCAAACAACUCUAUAAGGUAAGUGCCAUUUUAACCCUAAGUUUACAUAUCAGGAAAUUAAGGCACAGAGAAAACAAGGAGCUUACCUAAAGUCAGAAAGCUAGUAAGUGGUGGACAGGCAAUCUGGCUCCAGAAACUAUCUCUUAACCACUGUGCUAUACUGCCAUGGACUACAGAAUUAGUGAACUUAAGAAGAUGUAUAGUGAAGUUACCAACUGGAUUAAUUAAAUUUGGCAUAUGUAAGACUGUUCUCAUGCUAGUAGAACUGAGAAAAUUUUAUCAGGAAAUUUUGAGGGACACUUGCCCCCUUU